CUGAGGAGACGGCGGGCGGCGCUAGAGGGAGCUGCUCGCUGCGCCGCCUCCGCUGCGCCGGCCCUCAUCGCCAGCUUCCCGGAGCGCCGCCCCAGCCCGCGCCGCCGCGAUGGCGGAGGACAGCGAGUCCGCGGCAAGCCAGCAGAGCCUGGAGCUGGACGACCAGGACACGUGCGGGAUCGACGGGGACAAUGAGGAGGAGACGGAGCACGCCAAGGGGAGUCCCGGAGGUGAUUUGGGUGCCAAAAAGAAAAAGAAGAAACAGAAGAGAAAAAAGGAGAAACCGAAUUCCGGAGGCACCAAGUCAGACUCGGCAUCUGAUUCCCAGGAGAUUAAAAUUCAGCCGCCUUCAAAAAAUCCCACCAUUCCAAUGCAGAAGUUGCAGGAUAUCCAGAGGGCAAUGGAGCUGUUAUCCGCAUGCCAGGGCCCCGCCAGGAACAUUGAUGAGGCUGCCAAACACAGAUACCAGUUUUGGGACACACAGCCGGUACCCAAACUAAAUGAAGUAAUAACAUCUCAUGGCGCAAUUGAAGCUGAUAAAGAAAACGUGCGUCAAGAACCGUAUUCCCUGCCGCAGGGUUUUAUGUGGGACACUUUAGAUUUGGGUAACGCCGAAGUGCUCAGGGAGCUGUACACGCUGCUGAAUGAGAAUUACGUGGAGGAUGACGACAACAUGUUCCGCUUUGACUACUCGCCCGAGUUCCUGCUGUGGGCUCUGCGUCCCCCAGGCUGGCUCCUCCAGUGGCACUGUGGAGUCAGGGUAUCUUCGAACAAAAAGCUAGUGGGGUUCAUCAGCGCCAUUCCCGCGAACAUUCGGAUCUACGACAGCGUGAAGAAGAUGGUCGAAAUCAACUUCCUUUGUGUUCAUAAGAAAUUGAGAUCCAAACGGGUAGCCCCAGUGUUGAUUCGAGAAAUAACCAGAAGAGUGAACCUGGAAGGGAUUUUCCAGGCCGUUUAUACUGCUGGAGUGGUUCUUCCCAAGCCAGUGGCCACAUGCAGAUACUGGCAUCGAUCACUAAACCCCAGAAAACUGGUAGAAGUGAAAUUUUCUCACUUGAGUAGAAAUAUGACUUUGCAGAGAACAAUGAAGCUGUACAGACUUCCAGAUGUUACAAAAACUUCGGGCUUGAGGCCAAUGGAACCAAGAGAUAUCAAAGCUGUUCAAGAACUAACCAACAGUUACCUGAAGCAGUUUCAUCUAGCCCCGGUGAUGGAUGAAGAGGAAGUAGCCCACUGGUUCCUCCCCCAGGAGCACAUCAUUGACACUUUUGUAGUGGAGAACUCCAGUGGUAAACUAACUGACUUCCUGAGCUUCUACACGCUCCCCUCCACAGUCAUGCAUCACCCCGCCCACAAGAGCCUCAAAGCCGCCUACUCCUUCUACAAUAUCCACACAGAGACGCCGCUGCUGGACCUCAUGAACGACGCGCUCAUCAUUGCCAAGCUGAAAGGAUUUGAUGUAUUCAAUGCGCUAGAUUUGAUGGAAAAUAAGACAUUCCUGGAAAAACUCAAGUUUGGCAUAGGCGAUGGCAAUUUACAGUAUUACUUGUACAACUGGAGGUGUCCAGGGACAGAGUCCGAAAAGGUUGGACUCGUAUUACAGUAGAUGGAUAUUUCUAUUUCUAGAACUCUGAUGUCAUCAUUUGUUAAUAUCCUAGUUAAUGAUUCCUGGAACUGCCAGUCCAAAGAAUAAAAGCACAACCUAAGUGACAUCGAAGUGUCAGUAGCAGAAAAGAUGGAAAAACAUCGAUUGGUGACCAAUAGAACACAUUUCUAGCUAGAAUGUUAACAUUCAUCCUUUUUUUCGCUGUUGACCCAUUUUUAGGAGGGAUGGAAGGAGGAUACAAAGAGCACAUUCCUCUCAUUUUCAACCUUCUGACUGUCUCUCAAUGAAGAGAAGGUAUUUGUCCCUCUCUAGAAAAAUGGACCGCUUUUCUAUGGAUUGAACAGAAAUCACAGGAUCGUGUAGGAAAAUCUUUGCCGUUGUGUGGAGAUGAACUGCUGCCUUUCUGUUUGUUAAGUGAGGGUCUGUGGGUCCAUGUAGCAGAAUGAGGGAGCCACUUGGAAAGGGUUUACUUAUGUCACUGCACAUGAUCUCAUCGGGAACACCUAUGGAGCCAGCAUUUCUGUAACGCAGUGAUGAGCGGUAGGUGUUAAAGUGAAGAGUGAGAUAAAAAUAUACUGGUUGACUAUUUCUCUAGAAGCAAAGUUGCCAAAUCAAUAAACACACAAAUGGGUGCUUUGAUCUUCAGCAGGUUCGUGGAUUGGUUCCAAAGCAAGGUUUGGGGCAAACAUUGUGUUCUCUGAAGAGCACACAACCCUGACAAACUAGACUGUUCUGCUCCUGCAGAGACUCUCUUCUUCUCAGCAACAGCCAGGACACGUGAGGAAAAGAAAAAUCAAAGCCCUCAAGUCAGAAGACAUGCCCAGUGGAGUUUAUGAGUGCCAUCAGGACACUGAUAAUUUGAAUGUUUUUUAUUACUUAUGCAGAAUUGCACAUAUUUCUUUAUCCUGACUCUAAUUUAUCAUGAAAGCUGUCGUGCUCUAGGAAGAUGUCUUAUUUGUAAAUAAGUCUUGUGGUUUUGUUACUGAUGGUGUUUUUAUCUAGGAUUUGAAAAUCCAAGUUUCUCGGUGUACAUAGAUAAUGUAUAUAUCACCAAUAGCCCAAGGGGAAAAAGAUGCUGGACAAGGCCACCUAAAAUGGCCUCGACUCAAAUACCACAAAGUAGAUACUUCUUCCUGCCUUUAUGUACCAGUGCCUAGGCCGUUCAGUCCAGAAAAAUCUAAUUACCUUCGACAACAGGAUGCCCUUCCUUCAUGUUAUAAGUAGUCAAAGGACACAAUCAUACCUUAUAAAAACCAGGCAGGAGCUAGCACACUGUGGCCCAUGAGCUAAACUCAGCACAUCGCCUGUUUUUGUACAGCCCACGAGCUAAGAAUGGUGUUUACAUUUUUGAAUGGUUGAGGAGGAAAAAAAAAAAGUUUUGUGACACAUAAAAAUUACAGGAAAUUCAGAUUUCAGCAUCCAUAAAUAAAGUUUAUGGGAACAAGUC